CUGUUUUGGGGUCCUCGCUGCCCUUCCACGUCUCCCGGAAGAGUAGCUGGGCCGCGGUAGGGCCGUGGCAGGGCUUUGGCAGGUACGGGGCUCCUUCACGGGGCUUGGCCCUCGCCCAGCCGGCUGCUAAGUGGGGUGGACGAGGAAGACAUCUAGGCAGCUGUGCGGCCGCUCCGGAGUCCUCAGGUUCACCAGUAGGGUUAACCAAUAGGGUUACUCUGCUACCAUCAUGUCUUGGUUUGCUGAUCUGGCUGGAAAGGCAGAAGAUCUUUUAAACCGCGUCGAUCAAGGGGCUGCAACAGCUCUCAGCAGGAAAGAGAACAUCAGCAGCAUCAUAUAUAGCAAAAACAUUGACUAUCCGGAACUUCACCAGCAAAACACAGAUUUGACUCAUCAGACUGGAUCUAAAGCCGAUUAUAUUUCCUCAGCAGCGGAUAACAUUAGGAAUCAAAAAGCCACCAUCUUAGCUGGAACCACAAAUGUGAAAGCAGGACCUAGGGCGUCAGUGGAGACCCCCCACCCUGUUGAAAACUCAUCUGCGCCUCGGCCUUCAUCCCAGUUUGUUCGGAGGAAAAAGUCUGAACCUGAUGAUGAGCUGCUGUUUGAUUUUCUUAACAGUUCACGGAAGGAGCCCGCCGGGAGGGCGGAAAUCAGAAAAGAAAGGGGCAAGACACCUGUUCUUCAGAGUUCUCAGAUGACAAAUGUCAGUGCUGCGAACACCAGCGUAACCACCACCAGAGCCACUGAAGAAAGUCCUUCUGGGAACCAAAGCCAUGAAGUGUCCAGUAAUUCCGAUUCUGGCCAUGAAAUCCAAGAGGAUUCUUCAAAGGAAAACGUGUCAUCAAACAUUUCCUAUGCUGAUCACAACCCACAGCCCACUGAUGACGGCAAAUCUCAUGAACUGUCUAAUCUCCGGUUGGAGAAUCAACUGCUGAGGAAUGAAGUUCAGUCCUUAAAUCAGGAAAUGGCCUCAUUACUUCAAAGAGCCAGGGAAACUCAAGAAGAAUUAAACAAAGCAAGAGCAAGGAUUGAAAAGUGGAAUGUUGACCACUCCAAGAGUGAUCGAAUAACUCGGGAACUUCGAGCCCAAGUGGAUGACCUGACUGAAGCAGUGGCCGCCAAGGACUCCCAGCUGGCUGUCCUGAAAGUGAGGCUCCAGGAGGCCGACCAGCUCCUGAGCACCCGCACGGAAGCUUUAGAAGCCUUGCAGAGCGAAAAAUCACGGAUAAUGCAGGAUCACAGCGAAGGCAACAGCCUGCAGAAUCAAGCUCUGCAGACCCUUCAGGAGAGACUGCAUGAAGCUGAAGCCACGUUGAAGAGGGAGCAGGAGAGCUACAAACAGAUGCAGAGCGAGUUUGCUGCACGCCUGAAUAGAGUGGAAGCGGAGCGUCAGAGUUUGGCCGAAGCAGUGACUCUGGCGGAACGAAAACACGCAGAUGAAAAGAAGAAAGUCGAUGAGCUACAGCAGCAAGUCAAGACGUGUAAGACCAGUUUGGAGUCCUCUAAGCAGGAAUUGAUUGACUACAAGCAAAAAGCUACUCGAAUACUCCAAUCUAAAGAAAAAUUGAUUAACAGCUUAAAGGAAGGAUCUGGUUUUGAAGGCCUGGACAGCAGUACUGCUAAUAGCAUGGAGCUAGAAGAACUUCGACAUGAGAAGGAGCUGCAGAGGGAAGAAAUACAGAAGCUGAUGGGUCAGGUACAUCAGCUGAGGUCGGAGUUACAGGAUAUGGAGGCUCAGCAAGUUAGUGAAGCAGAGUCAGCAAGAGAGCAGUUGCAAGAUCUGCAAGACCAGAUAGCUGGACAUAAGGCAUCCAAACAAGAAUUAGAGGCAGAACUGGACCGACAGAAGCAGGAAUUCCAUUACAUAGAAGAAGAUAUGUAUCGAACAAAGAACACACUGCAAAGCAGAAUUAAAGAUCGAGAAGAAGAAAUUCAAAAACUUAGGAAUCAGCUCACCAAUAAAACCUUGAGCAGCAGCAGUCAGUCUGAGUUAGAAGGCCGACUCCACCAGCUGACGGAGACCCUCAUCCAGAAGCAGACCAUGCUGGAGAGUCUCAGCACGGAGAAGAGCGCCCUGGUCUUCCAGCUGGAGCGGCUCGAGCAGCAGAUGAAAUCCGCCCCUGGAAGCGGCGGUGAAGGGCCUUCCAUUAAUAUGUCGGGGAUUGACACUGGUGAAGGCACUCGUCUGCGAAACGUCCCCGUUCUUUUUAACGAUGCAGAGACCAACCUGGCCGGGGUGUACGGGAGAGUCCGCAAGGCUGCUAGUUCCAUCGACCAGUUCAGCAUCCGUCUGGGAAUUUUCCUCCGAAGAUACCCCAUCGCACGAGUGUUUGUGAUCAUAUACAUGGCUUUGCUUCACCUCUGGGUCAUGAUCGUUCUGCUGACAUACACACCGGAAAUGCACCACGACCAACCACAUGGCAAAUGAACCAGAUCCUGCCGUUGCAGGAUUGGUCACCGUUUUCCGGACGUGGGGUCUGCACAAAGGUCAAGUGCUAAAGUUCCUGAGGAAGGUGCACCAGAUGGUUUUAUCACGACAAGCUUUUAACUUUCUAAGUUAUCAAGGACUCUGCUACUUAAAUCAAGUCUGCCUCUGAAUUUCCUUCCAAUGGUGAGAGUUUCUAAGACAGACACUGUAACAAGUCAGUGCCGCUUUCCCAGGCCAGUGGUUCUGUGUGUGCGCAUGUGCACGCACAUGCAUGCACACGCACACGGAGACACGGGGUCGCUCACCUCUGUGCAGACCAGCCUGUAUGUUAGGUGACACUCGUUAUGGGUGAAAAUCAGGGAAAUUAAUUGUAUUUAGUAAUUUAAAUAAAAUGUUUGCUUUUUGAUAA